CGCGGGCGACUGACGGCUCGAGACAGCUGCUGAAGCUCUGGACACCUGUUGCCACGGAGACCAGACGAGGCGGGAAAAUUACCAUUAAAAAGAAAUAAAAGAAGAAAUCCGCCACCUGGCCAGGUGUUUCCUCAUUUUUUAAAAUCUCCACAGCUGUUAAAGACAGUCAGCCAUGUCGUCUACAGUGCUGCUCAAUCUGCUGCGUUGUGGUCGCUCCACCAUCACCAGGCAGACCUUCCUCACCGUACGCUCCUCAGCAGAAAGCUCCACAGCUUCCGGGCAGAUGGGCGGGACAUUGUUCGGGGUGGUGGGCGUGCGGCAGGCCAGUGGGUCGACCCGCUUUGACAGUGACGGCAGCGGCCGGCCGGUCACCUGGGACUCAUUUGGUAUCUGGGACAACAGGAUAGAAGAACCAGUCCUCCUGCCCUCCAGUAUCAAAUAUGGAAAACCCAUUCCACAGGUCAGUCUUUCCCGGGUCGGCAGCACGUCUGUUUUGGGUCUCAGGAAGCAGAACGAGGACCGUCUCCGUGUUGCCCGUAUCCAUGACAACCUGCUAUACUUUGCCGUGUUCGACGGCCACGGCGGCCCGCACGCUGCCGACUACUGCUACACCUUCAUGGAGAAAUUUAUCAGAGAUGCUUUGGAGGAGGAGGAUGAUCUGGAGAAAGUUUUGAAGAAAGCCUUUCUGGAUGCUGACAAAGCUCUAUUCAAACACCUCAGCUAUUUCAACAACCCCUCCUUCCUAACAGCCGGCACCACGGCAACGGUUGCUCUGUUACGGGACGGCGUGGAGCUGGUUGUCGGGAGCGCCGGUGACAGUCGGGCGCUGCUGUGCAGGAAAGGACAAGCAGUGAAGCUGACCAAAGACCACACACCUGACCGUGAGGACGAGAGACAACGGAUCCGGAAGUUUGGUGGCUUCGUGACGUGGAACAGUGUGGGUCAGGCUAACGUUAAUGGGCGGCUCGCCAUGACUCGCAGCAUUGGAGACUUCCACCUGAAAACCAGCGGCGUCAUUGCUGACCCAGACACGCGGCAGCUCAACAUCCAUCACGCCGAUGACGCUUUCCUGGCUCUGACCACCGACGGCAUCAACUUCCUGCUGAGUGAUCAGGAGAUCUGUGAUGUCAUCACACAGUGCCAUGACCCCACAGAGGGUGCAGAAGUCAUUGCUGAGCAGGCGCUUCAGUACGGCUCAGAGGACAACGCCACCAUCAUUGUCGUCCCAUUCGGCGCCUGGGGGAAACACCAGAGCUCCACCGCCGCCUACAGCAUGAUCAGGAACUUUGCUUCAAGUGGGAGAUGGGCGUAGAGGACACACACACAAAAACAUUGCAGAGCUCUAAAGCUGUCACCAAAAUGAAUUAAACAGGACUUUGACUUGAAGGACAAACAUUUUGGAUCUUUUACAAAUGAUCUGGCAACUACCCCAAAUUCAUCUGACAACACCCAUGACCCAUCGGAGACUCAAGGGCAAUGUUGGCUUUGUGCACAUCUUUAGUGUUAACGUCCUUGUGUUAGCUCACAGAUGACUUGUCAACAGUGUAUAUAGAGUGUAUAUUAAUAUGCUGUACAUACAAAGAAGUUUUCUGCAGUGUUUGUAUGUCAAGUUUGUAAAACAGUGUGCUUGUAUGUUUAGACAAAACAUUUUCACAUAUCUCCUGUGUUUUUUUCAAAUUAACAGCAAACUUUGGCAGUUUGCUACUGUGUGAAAACUACAAAUUUUCAAAAUGUUGACUUGUCAAGAAGUAUGAAGCACAAUAUAGUUUCACAUUGGUCUCAGAGUUGAUUUGAAUUUAACCAGCAGUGUAAAAAGACUUUUUUUUAACCCACAAAGGACGAUUUUCACAUUAAAAGUAUUCAUAAAAACAUAAACUAGCUUUAUUACUGUGUUCAGACAGAACGGAAAGUGAGUUUUAGACAUAAUGUGAUUUCAUACAAAGUCAAUUGAAAGAUGCGUAUGUGUGAUUUGAAAAUGUUUCAAUUAGAGUGAAAAAAUUGGGUGUAUCCAAGAGCUCAGCGUCCCAUAGACACAGUCGGUGCGUUUAGUUACUUAAAAGCUAAUGUAAAGUUGAUAUUUUGGGUGUUUGGGGCAAAUAAAUAUGUUGUUUUUUGUUUUCAAAGUCGUUAUUGGUCGUCUGCUCUGCUGCAGUAAUUUGCUCUUGGCAAUGUAAAAUUCUGUCUGCUCUGUAGGCAAUGUUAAGAGAACGAGGAACAAGUUGCCUCAUAUUGGAGGAGUGACCACAAAACUGCAGAAGAGCUGUUUUAUGACAAGUAUUUUCUGUACUUACAGUUAUACUUUUUGCCAGGUCUCUCUUUUAAAAGAUCUCAGAGAGACUUUGUAGUUAAAUGAAAGAAAAUACUAUUGAAAAUGUAUCUAAAACUAUAAUUUUACCAUCUCUUGUGUCAGUUAUCAGCUGACUUGCUGAAGUGUUUUUAAACAGCACACUGUAUCCUACCAGCUCCAGACUUCUGACCUCUGAGGUCUGACCCUGGACCCCUGACCUCUCUCAGACCAUCCAUGAGAGGAUCUGUAUACAGGGAAGAAUAAAGUUUGACAUGUUAAACUGAAA